AUGCAGCGCUCAGCGUUGCUAAUACUUUCGUUCUUGAGCACACUGGUCUUGUCCUGGCCUUACGACGAGUCACUUUCAGAUUAUAAUGUUAACGAAAACCAAUCUGCUACAGCCCCAAUCGAUUACUGGGGAGAAUGGCCGAACCAUAAAUACCACCCAUCACCGGACAACUGGCGCUUUCCUGUCUACACGAUCUUCCUCGACAGGAUAUCAAAUGGAGACCCAACGAAUGAUGAUAUCAACGGGACUACCUUUGAGCAUGUCAUCGACUCCAAUCAAAUGCGACACGGCGGUGAUUUAGAAGGAUUGCUGGACACACUGGAUUAUAUUCAAGGAAUGGGUUUCAAGGCUAUUUACUUCGCCGGAACCUAUUUGAUGAACCUCCCCUGGGCCUACGAUGGCUAUUCACCGACCGACACUACCCUUCUGGAUAUGCAUCAUGGUACACUAGAGGACUGGAGGCGGACCGUUGCGGAGAUCCACAAGCGUGAUAUGUACGUCCUGGUGGACAAUACGGUCGCUACACUGAGUAACCUGGUCGGAUUCAAAGGCCACCUGAACGAUUCGGCCGAUUUUAAUCCUCACGAAUACGAAGUCGAAUGGGUCAGCGAGAGAAGAUACGCCGAUUUCCAAUUCGGCAACGACUAUAACGAUACCUGUAACUUUCCUAAGUUCUGGGAUGAGACUGGGUUCCCGAUAACAUCAGGCGGGCCCGAGGACUUGACAGGCUGCUAUAAUUCAGAUUUUGAUCAGUUUGGAGAGCUGGAGGCAUUUGGAAACUUCCCUGACUGGCAGCGCCAGCUCACAAAGUUUGCCUCGGUGCAGGAUCGCUUACGUGAAUGGCAUAAACCGAUCCGCGACAUCAUCACUCAACAUUCCUGUGCUCAAAUUGCAAGCUUGGAUGUCGAUGGAUUUCGCUUCGAUAAGGCUGUGCAAACAACUCUCGAGCCCUUGAGUGAGAUCACGGCUGUCUACCGAGAAUGCGCGAAGAAGUACGGGAAACACAAUUUCUUUCUUCCCGGCGAGAUCACGGCUGGAGAUACAUUCGGAAGUCUUUAUCUUGGGCGCGGACGUCAACCAAAUCAGCGCCCAGACUCAGCAGGUGCUGGCGCCAAAUUGACAAAUGACUCAGAUGCGGCCUUUCUGAGAGACGAUGGAUUGCAAGCGUUGGAUGCCUCGGCAUUCCAUUACACAAUCUACCGUUCAAUGACUCGGUUUCUGGGAAUGGAUGGUAAUCUGGUCGCUGGAUUUGACUUGCCGACCGAUUUCAUCGAAGCGUGGAACGAAAUGCUCAUUACGAACGAUUUCAUCAAUGCGUUCACAGGAGAAUUGGAUCCCAGGCAUAUGUACGGUGUAUCCAACCAGGACAACUUCCGCUGGCCUUCAAUCAAGAACGGCACAGAGAAAUAUCUUCUGGGUCUUUACAUUGUCACACUGGAGCUGCCUGGAAUUCCUCUUAUUUUGUGGGGUGAAGAGCAGGCAAUGUAUGUGUUUGACGCAACUGCAUCGAAUUAUCUCUUUGGCCGGCAACCCAUGACUUACCAGACCGCAUGGUGGACAAAUGGUUGUUUCAAUCUGAACACGUCAAAAUUUUACGAUUUCCCGAUUGAAAAGGGACGAGAUGGUUGCAAUGACAUAACUGUCACAUAUGAUCAGCGAAAUCCUGCCCAUCCACUUCGCAACAUCAUGAAGCGGAUGUUCGAGAUUCGGGCGCAUUAUCCGGUCGCAAAUGAUGGCUUGUAUCUCAGUACAAUCUCCCAACUGACAAAGGAUAUAUUUUUGCCUGGUUCAUCUACCACUCCCACAGUGACGGGUCUUUGGUCAGUCUUGCGAAGCUACUUCCCAGGUGUCCAGAAAGAAGCACAAGAAACCAAUGAGACACUCUGGCUGGUGUAUCAAAAUGGAAACUCGACAGAAACCUAUGGUGGUGACUGCAGUAACAAAAGCGCUGCUCUGCUGUCUCCAUUCAAGUCGGGGACCAAGUUGAAGAAUCUUUUCUAUCCUUACGACGAGCUCACUCCUCAAGAUGGACCCGAUAGCGACUAUGGUUGUGUGAAGAGCAUGGAACUUCUUCCUUGGGAGUAUCGGGCGUAUGUUAAGAAGAGCGAUUUCGUGGAGCCUGGCCCUACUGUCACCGACUUCUCACCUGGUCAUGAUUCUCGAUUUAUUUCUUCAGAAGACACGGGCGAGACUUUACCAAUUGAACUUGGUUACUCGACAGAGAUGGAAUGUACCAGCAUAACCAAGGCGAUCACUCUGAACUCGACAACCGAGAAGGGGAUCACCGCCUCUCUUGACAAAGACAGUGUUAGCUGCAAAAAGAUAUCCGCCCGAACAACUAGCAACAACUUCAUCGGCGAGAUCCCUACUGUGUGGACCUGGUCCGCCAACGUGACCAAUGUUCACCACGGCAUUCAUCAACUUACCGUCGCUAAUGUUUCCUCGUCUGGAGUCUACACCAACUCUACCGACAAGUUCCUCUUCCGCGUUGGUCUCGAGAACAAUCCACUCAUAACUCCACUCUCCAAUUACUCCACCAGCUUGCUUCACAGAUCUGACGAUGGAUUCUUCGUCAAGCAUAGUGCUGCUGGUGCCGAUAAAUAUCGAUACUCCACCGAUUUCGGAAGUACAUGGUCCAAGUGGGCAUCAUAUGAAGGUGGCAAUACAACCAUUGAUGUCUCGGCUUUCACUGGAACAGACAAGCAGAAGUGGAAGGGAACACAUGUCCGAGUGCAAUACUUUUCCAGACUCACCGGGAGCAGUGACUACAUCCAGGAAGGUGACUCUGGAUGGGAAAGCGAUGGUGUUCGGAGAUUUCCUCACUUGUGGUUCAACGGCCCCUUCAACCAAUAUGGAUAUGACCAAGGGUUGGCGAGUGAAAUGAAGUACGACACCGAGACAUCUCGUUGGAACUACGACUUCGUCUACGAGUGGCCAUCGAUAGGACAAUUGAACGUCUGGGGUAUUGACAAGGGAGGUAUUCCUGACACAACAGAAGUUUACGGCGACGUUGGAAAUUCUUCUAAUGUGCAAAAACUUCCCCCCUCAUACCUGUCAUCCAACGUUAUCAACAUCACCAAUCUGCCUCCAUUCCCGCAUCUUGGCUGGAAGAUCUCUCUCAACGACGCCAACCUGAGGUAUGAGCUGAUUCCUAUUGGAAGCGGAUGGGCUCAACUUGUGCUUUAUGUUCUUCUCUGGGUCGUCCCGAUCUUGAUGGGAUUGGCCGGAAUUUUCAUUUUCAUUCAGACCUUCUACCGUGUCAAGCUUAACAAAGAUGGGAAUGUUGUCAAGGAUGAAAAGCUACCUGUGGCUCUUUACCACAGAGUGAAAAAUAGGCUUUCCACACAGAAGGACCUUGAAAGCUCAUUUUCUGAGAAUGGCGUACCGACAGACAUUGCCGUGGCUGGCGCAAAUGAUCAGAGACGCACUGUUUUGAUUGCUACCAUGGAGUAUGAUAUCCAAGACUGGAAUAUAAAGAUCAAGAUUGGUGGCCUUGGUGUCAUGGCCCAGCUCAUGGGGCAGAAUCUGAAGCACCAGAACCUCAUCUGGGUGGUGCCAUGUGUUGGUGAUGUCGAUUAUCCUACGGACACCCCGGUUGAACCAUACGUGGUGACAAUCUUGGACAAACCGUACCUGAUCAACGUUCAGUACCACGUUGUGGAUAAUAUCACCUAUGUUCUGCUGGAUGCUCCGGUGUUCCGGCAGCAAACGAAAGCUGAGUGCAUUGCAGAGACAAUCAGGCGAGCGCCCGAUAUCGAUCUCUAUCACAUCAACGAUUUCCAUGGAUGUUUAGCUCCGCUGUAUCUCCUGCCCACACGAACCAUUCCAGUUUGCUUGUCCUUACACAACGCCGAAUUCCAAGGGCUUUGGCCACUUCGGACCCAAAAGGAGAAGCAAGAAGUGUGUUCUGUUUUUAAUCUUUCGAUCGAGACCGCAACCAAAUAUUGUCAGUUUGGAAACGUCUUCAAUCUUCUCCACACCGGCGCAAGCUAUUUGCGAUUCCACCAGCGUGGCUUUGGUGCAGUCGGUGUAUCUAACAAAUACGGCAAACGCUCAUGGGCCAGAUACCCAAUUUUCUGGAGUUUGAACAACAUCGGCAGCUUACCGAACCCCGAUCCAGCGGAUACAAAGGAGGAAGAUGUGCAAGUUUCGGUCCAGACGGACGCAGAAUCGAGCCAUGAUAAACUCCAGGCACAGAAAUGGGCGGGCCUGAACGAGGAUUCCAGUGCUGAUCUCCUAGUAUUUGUGGGAAGAUGGUCGAAGCAAAAGGGAGUUGACUUGAUUGCCGAUAUUCUGCCCAGUGUUCUAUCUGCUAGACCUCACGUGCAGGUAAUCUGUAUCGGCCCCGUCAUUGACCUUUAUGGAAAAUUAGCUGCUGUCAAAUUGGAGCGUAUCAUGGAAAUGUUCCCCGGUCGCGUUUUCUCAAAGCCCGAGUUUACGGCACUUCCUCCGUUUAUUUUCUCUGGGGCUGAUUUUGCUUUGAUUCCGUCCCGAGAUGAACCAUUCGGUUUGGUGGCGGUUGAAUUCGGUCGCAAAGGUGCUCUGGGUAUCGGUGCACGCAUCGGAGGGCUUGGACAGAUGCCAGGAUGGUGGUAUACUGUUGAAUCCGAUUCGGCUCGCCAUCUUUUGCACCAAUUGAGAACCGCCAUUGGAUCCGCCUUAGAUUCAUCGCCAAAGACUAGAGAAGAAAUGCGCCUGAACUCGGCCAAACAAAGAUUCCCUGUUCUUGAAUGGGUUCGAAAGCUCGAGGUUUUGCAACGGACGUCGAUUCACACUCAUCACGCCAAGAACAAAGACACUGUCAGAGGCCCAUCACGGGAAUCGCAUAUUUACUGGGAUGUACAAGGCCUCCAAUCCUCUUCUGGACCUCGCCCAAUGUCGAGUUAUUCUACACUCGGGGUUUCAGAAACUCCCCAAACGAGAAACUCCCAGCUUGUCCAACCAUCCCUUUUGGAGCUACAGGCAGCCGAGCUCAGGGAAAUGCAGGAUACCGAAAAUAACGGCAAAAAUUCACCCCGUCGACAGUUGUCACUUGGUCGACGAUCUGGGCCUGGACAAGGAAGGAAUCGUCUGGUCAAGAGGUCGCUGAGAGAGAGCCAGAUGCUUGAGAGAACGACAGAGGGGGAUGCCACGGACGCCGAGGAUGAUGGUAUUGACACCCCCCAAGAGAACUUCAUUUCUCCCGAAGAGGCAGUGGCCGCCGUAAAGCGUGCCCUCGGAUCUCAGGAAGUCAUUCCACCUUCUGGAGAUAGCAGAAGUCACUCCCGUAACGAUUCAAAUCUAUCGGCCACAGAAUCGACUCGUUUCGUCUCCCGAGAUUCCUCACCAGUCCGAUCCCCACGACUUUCUCACGAUACGAGUCCUGGCGAGUACAAUUUUGUUACACCCCCACAGAAUGUUUCUGUUCUUUCAUUGCCAUCUGUUGUUGCAGACCAUGAAAAACCUGUCUUCCACCUGCAAAAGGUCGACCCGACCUUCACAGACAGCAUGGGUCAUUUCACGCGGCGCUUCGAGGAAAAGCUCGCCAAUCUGAAUAAGAAGAACUCCGCUACGGAUCACUGUAUCGAGGUGUACCUGAUGAAGAGUGAACAGAAAUUUUUCAACAUGUAUACCGACGCACAAUUGAAGAAGCAGCCCAAAAUUGAAGAACGCCCCGUGACCGGAACAGGCUUGGAAGAGGUUGUGGAUGACUCGGAGAGCAACAGCCUCCCGCAGGCCUCCGAUAACCAAGAUUCGAAUGGAUCAGACGAUAUUGAUCAAUGGCUCUCUCGCCUUGGAUAUAAGAGGCCAAUUGCCAUCCAAAGAUUCAUGAGAUGGCGUGUUGGAAAUUGGCCAGUUUACGCCUUAUUCUUGGGUCUUGGCCAGAUCAUUGCGACAAAUUCGGCACAAAUCACACUUCUGGUGGGCACAGUCGGUGAAACUGCCGUCAAGCUUUAUAUCAUUGCGGCUGUUUACUGUCUAUCUUCCAUUGUCUGGUGGUUCCUGUUCUACCGCUUCCCAUCCGUGAUCGUUCUCACGCUUCCUUGGUUUAUAUACUCGAUGGCCUUCAUCAUCAUUGGUGUUUCGCCAUAUGCGCUUUCAAAUCUUGGUCAGACAUGGGCUCAGAAUAUCGCCGCAGGUGUAUAUUCUGCCGCAUCUUCUAGUGGAUCUUUGUUCUUUGCUCUCAAUUUUGGCGACCAGGGUGCCGUUCCGGUGAAGGACUGGAUGUUUCGCGCAAGUCUUAUCCAAGGACUUCAACAAAUUUACACUGUCGCUCUCUGGUAUUGGAGUUCUAGGGUCACUGCAGUGGAAGUAGGAGGAAUUUCAACAGCCGCUUUGAGCAGCUGGAAACUUACGGCCGUGGUCAUGCCCAUUGCUGCAGUGUGCUUUAUCAUUGGAGUGCUACUUGCUCUAGGUCUGCCCAAGUACUACCGUCAAGCCCCUGGAAAGAUCCUCUUCUUCUACACUUCCCUUUUCCGCCGCCGCAUUGUUCUCUGGUUCUUCUUCAUGGUCAUUAUCCAGAAUUGGUUCCUUGCUUCGGCAUUCGGUCGCAAUUGGUCCUUCCUCUGGUCUUCCAAUCACGCCAAAACAUGGGAAGUUGCUGUGCUGGUUGUGUUCUUCUUCAUUAUUGUCUGGGUCGCUGCGAUGGUCAUCUUCCGGUUCUUGUCUAAAGAACAUUCUUGGAUCUUACCUGUCUUCGGCCUGAGUAUCGGCGCCCCACGAUGGGCACAAGUGUGGUGGGGAACGUCUAAUAUUGGCUAUUAUCUUCCGUGGGCCGGAGGUCUGACUUCUGGCGCCCUUAUAUCACGAUGCCUUUGGCUUUGGUUGGGUGUUCUUGAUGAGAUCCAGCAGGUCGGUUUGGGUAUGAUUCUCCUACAAACAUUGACACGAGUUCAUGUUUGCUUCGUCUUGCUGGCCGCGCAGGCUCUCGGAUCUAUUGCCACAAUUUGCGCCCGAGGAUUUGCGCCGAACAAGGUCGGCCCUGCUGGUGUCUCUCCGAAUGUGGGAUCAUCAGUGGACAACGUGGGUAACGCGUGGUUCUGGAUUUCUCUUUUCUUCCAGCUUCUAGCAAGCUUUGGAUUCCUUCUAUUCUACCGCCGAGAACAGCUUAAUCGGCCGUGA